AUGCAUAUUGAAAAAAAUGUGUUUGACAAUAUUAUAUACUCUUUGCUAAAUGAUAAAGAAAAAUCAAAGGAUCAUGUUAAGGCUCGAAGAGAUCUACAAGAUAUGGGUAUAAGGCAUGAUCUUUGGCCGGAUGAGAAUGAUGAAUGUAGGCUUGGUGCAUUUACAAUUCCAAAGGAAAAGAAAGUGACCUUCCUCAAGACUUUAAAGAAUAUCUCUGUGCCAGAUGGUUAUUCAAGUAAUAUAUCUCGUUGUGUUUAUUUGGAUCAGAAAAGGGUCUUUGGACUAAAAAGUCAUGAUUUUCACAUCCUUAUGGAACAAUUGUUACCUAUAGCAAUUCGCAAUGUGCUUCCAAACCAGGUUUUUGCCACUUUGGUAGAGCUUUCCUCCUUUUUUAGGCAUCUUUGUUGGAAAAGCUUAACCCUCGCAGACCUUGAAAAGCUGCAAAAUCGAAUUGUGGAAACUUUGUGCCAUCUAGAGAUGUUGUUCCCUCCAUCAUUUUUUACUGUAAUGGUUCAUCUAACUAUUCAUCUAGUGGAUGAAGUAAUACAAGGUGGCCCGGUGCAUUAUCGAUGGAUGUAUUUUGUUGAAAGAUUGUUAGGUCAUUUAAAGUCCCUUGUAGGGAACAGAUCACAACCAGAAGGUUCCAUAGCUGAAGGCUACAUAGUUGAAGAAGCUCUAACUUUUUGUUCUCGUUAUUUUGAGGGAAUUGAGUCAAGGUUAAAUCGACCUAAACGUGUAAAUGAUGAACCAAAUUGUAAUGAGGCUUCUGAAAAGUCAUCUAUGUUCCCCCAACAAGGUAAACCUGUUGGAGGCUCCACAACAGAACCAUUGGCUUUUUUGGAGAAAACACAAGCUCCUCGAUAUGUGUUACUUAAUUGCGCAACAGUGAAGCCAUUUGUUGAUGAAUUUAGACAUCACAUCAGAAGAAGUAGAGGCCGAAAACUUUCACCAACAGAGGUAGAGAGGAGAGUUAGUAAAGAGUUCCCUGAUUGGUUUCCUAAGAGAAUAAUGAAUCCGGAUAUAGCAGACACUAUCUCCGAUGAUAUGAAGUUCUUAGCACAAGGUCCGGCACAAGAUGCAAGAAGAUUCAGUGCUUAUAACAUUAAUGGAUUCAAAUUUCGGACUUUGUCUAGAGAACAAGGAUUAAAAACUCAAAAUAGCGGAGUCUUUCUUGUCUCUGACACUUCUUGUGUUGCAUCUAGUGCAGAUAGGUAUGCAAGACAAGCAGACCUGCCAUAUUACGGGAGGUUGGAAGAUAUUAUUGAGCUUAAUUACUAUGGCCGAUUCAGGGUUGUUCUCUUCAAAUGUCAGUGGGCUGACACUACUCGAAACAGAGGGUUCAAAUCAGAUGUUUGGAAGUUUAAUUGUGUCAACUUCUCUAAAUUGAUUCACACUGGUGAUCGUGAGGAUGACGAUCCAUAUAUUGAAGCAUCACAAGCAAAUAUGGUUUAUUAUGUUGAUGAUGAAACUGAUAAAGGAUGGAGUGUGGCAGUACAUCUAAAGCCAAGAGAUUUGUUUGACAUGGGAGAGGUUGAUGAAGAGGAAAUAUACGAGAAUGAACCAUAUCGACAACAAGAAUUUGGACAAUUUUUUGAUGUUGAUUACGAGAAUAUCCAAAUUGCAAUAGAGGAGCAUAUGACUGAAUAG